AUGAAGGCAGUCCUUCCCGGCAAGCCAGAAGCUAGUCUUCAAGCCGUGUCCACAGGCUUUUGGGAUGGCAAGCGCAUUGUCGUCUACAUCAGCGGAAACGCUCUGGCCAUCCUCUCCGAUCCCGAAAACAUCCUACAGACCAUAUACGAUGACGACGAGCGGACGCUGGAGGCUGUUUCCUUUGAUGAGUGCUCGGGGAAGAUAGCAGCAUGCACAGAUACAACCAUACGGGUAUACCGGCCACUAGGGCAUGCCGACGAUUCGCUGAAGUGGGCUUUACAAUCUUCGUUCGAGGUCGACAAAGGUCCAACACCCGCGACACUCUCCUGGGGUAGCUCGGAGGAGCUCCUUGUUGGCCGAUCUUCCCUCUGGCUCUACGACACAUCCUCGACACCUCCUUCCUGCCAUUGGCGACAAGCGCUAGCGAACCCCGUGAAAGCAGCAAACCUCUCCUACGACUCGUCCUACAUCGCAUCCGUCGGCCAUCACGAUCGCUUGGUCAAGGUGUGGCGGAGACUGAACUUUGGCUCCGAGGAGGUACACUUCGACUUUGGCUAUCUGCCGCACCCACGAGCUGUCACGAGUAUACAAUGGCGUAAACCAUCCCACGUUGACCAGACCAUCGAGAACGUCCUCUAUACGUUUUGCGCCGACAAUGUCAUGCGCGUGUGGACAGGAGCAGAUGGGCACGGUUGCCAGACUCUCCGGCUAUGGGGAAAGCUGGAUCUCGCGGGGGCCAUAAAGAAAGAACCAACAAGUGACAAACACGACUUGAGAUGGGCCUUCAUCAUUGCCCAGCGAGACCUUGUCAAUGCGACGGAGAGGGCUGUCCAGGAAAGAGGAGAUGGUCAAGAAAAGGACGUCGCCCUUCAGUACCUGCUCUCCAUUGCCAACAGGGACACAGAAAUAUGCGUGGUCUUUGACGGCUAUGGAAGCAUGUCAUCUUGGGCAUUGGAGAAUGUUAGUAGCAAGUCGCGUGGGGCCAACAACGUGGACAAUGUCGCGUAUGUAAAGUCAAAGGACUUUGAGUUUCUCGGUCCCUCGACGGCGGUCCCGCACGUUGAGGUCCUCAGCUAUUGCAACAAGAGCUCGGGCAAUCUGCAUAUGCUGUUCCACCACUUCGAUGGCAACGUAGAGGUGUUUGAGAGCAAUAUCGCAGACUUUCUAGACCCUACCCCAAAGACGGGACGGUUGACACACCGAGCAACGUGGUCUGGACACUCCGCUUCGAUCAAGAAGAUUGUCCGUAAUGUCAGUGGGCGAGCUAUUGUGUCGAGGACCGAGAAAGGAGAGAGCAUUGUUUGGAAUCAUUCGGCUCAUCCACGACGAAAUAAACUAUUACGGCACAACAUCAUACCAGAAGUGCGGCACAUUCUUCGAAUAUGCCUAUUAAGGGGUGGACGGACCUCGAAGCACCAACUGUUAGGCGACUGCAAGUAUCAUGUCCCCGGUAAACCUCUCUGCAUACUGGUUCUACCUCCCCAGAAAGCUGAGAACGUAUCCGUCGCGCAUGUAGCGACCGUCACAUCUGAACAGCGGGGAGUGGUAUGGGAGGUCCAUCUACCUUUAGACGCACGCAAUGGUGAUGGCUCGAAGGUCAAUGGCCAUUCAGCGCCUAUCCGAGAGUUCUGCACAUUCAAUCUGGAUGGAGCGGGAGAUCUUGCCUACGUCUUGCCAGUUGAUCCCGCUGGUGCUUCACCUGUCCACUCCGGAUUCCUGGACGUCUUUGCUCGUGAUGUUGCGGUCUCCUAUACUCACAGUGGACGUGUCGAGUUCUGGACUGCCAGAGUUGACCCAAAGCGAAACCGGGUCGAGUGGUUGUCUACGUCUUCCAUGGAAACGGGUGUAACAGAACCUGCCUUGCUCAGUGGCAGCACCAUGAAGAAAGUUGCGCUCGUGAAUCAGAAUCGGUCCGAGAUCACUAUAUGGGACAUCCGGGGUGCUCGCCUGGAAUACGGACAGGACUUCGAAAGCAAUAAUACUGUGCAAGAUCUCGACUGGACUUCCACGCCGGACUCUCAGUCCAUACUCGCCGUCGGGUUUCCAUUCCGAGUCGUGCUUCUCUCACAGAUGCGCUUUGACUAUCUGAAUAAGGGCCCGGCUUGGGCGUCAAUUUGCGAGAUCAACAUUCGAGAUUUCACUCCUCAUCCCAUCGGAGACUCGACGUGGUUGAGUGAUGGCAACCUGAUAAUUGGCGCAGGCAACCAGCUGUUUCUCUACGACAGGAGAUUCGAGACCACCAAUCGGCUGGUUUCUGAUGCCCGGAUACCACAUAGCAAAGAUGGUACGCGAGACAUGUUCGAAGUGGUCCAGAAACUCAAUGGACCUUUGGCUGUAUUCCAUCCUCAGUUCCUUAGCCAGUGUAUGCUGUCAGGGAAGAAUAGGGCGGUACAUCGUGUACUUCUGUCAUUGAACCACACCCUGAAGUAUCAUGUUGAAGGCAAUGUGAUUGAUGACUACUUGGGACUCGACCUGGCCGAGUUCUACAUGGGCGAUGCAACGAGCGGCAACGGGAACGACCCUUCGUACCUUGUCAGCCGGAUGUCAUUCGACGACAACGAGGAGAGUUUCACGGAAGAUGUCGCCUUGGCCAUCUGCGAGAAGCUUCAGAAUAUCGCUUUGCCACAGUUAUCAGGCCAUGAACAGAUCCAGCUGCUGGAUAUUGUUGAGUGCGCCGGUGUUGUGGAGAAGCAGCGGCGCUCCAUGGAUGAGAACGGUGCGAGGUUUAUGCUCUUUUUCAGGCAACACGCAUUGCGGAAGGGCAGGACCAACGAGAUUCACAUGUCAUGGAGAGAAAUCAACUGGGCCUACCAUUCAACUAGUCAGGACAUACUGGUGGAUUUCGUAUCUCGCCAAUACCACGGGACGAUGCUGUGGGAGAAGGCCAGAGAGAGCGGCAUGUUCAUGUGGCUCACUGAUCCGGCUGCAGUGAAAGCACAAUUCGAGAUAGUGGCUCGAAAUGAAUACACCAAGAGCGAGUACAAGAACCCGGUCGACUGCAGUCUAUUCUACCUUGCCCUCAAGAAGAAGACCGUGCUUCGAGGUCUAUGGCGCAUGGCGAGCUGGAACAAGGAGCAACAAGCAACCCAGCGGCUUCUGGCAAACAACUUUGAAGAUCCCAAGUGGAAGACGUCGGCAUUGAAGAACGCAUACGCUCUGCUCAGCAAGCGUCGGUUCGAAUACGCGGCCGCUUUCUUCCUCCUGGCAGACCACCUGCAAGACGCCGUAAACGUUUGUAUGAAUCAAAUCAAGGACAUCCAGCUUGCCAUUGCUAUUGCACGAGUUUACGAAGGCGACUCUGGUCCUGUCCUGAGGCGACUACUGGAAAACGAAGUCCUAGCCGUAGCCGCCCAGGAAGGCAACAGAUGGCUUGCCUCGUGGGCGUUCUGGAUGUUGAAACGAAGGGACAUGGCUGUUAGAGCGCUCAUUACACCCGUCUUCACACUGCUGGAAACGCCAGCAUCGCCGGACAUGAAGGCGAAGUCGUUCCUGACUGACGACCCGGCGCUGGUGGUUCUGUACUCGCAACUUCGACAGAAGACGCUGCAGACGCUCAGGGGCGCGUCCAAGGUCACGCCCAGGGUAGAGUGGGAGUUUGUGAUCCACAACGCGGGUCUGUAUGACCGCAUGGGCUGUGAUCUCCUCGGUCUCGAUCUCGUCCGCAAUUGGGAGUUCCUCCGUAUCCAGCCGACGAUCACGCCGGACCUCGGCGGCGACAUCGAUCCGAGGCAGCUGCUCCGCCGCCGCAGCUCGCUCGUCGUGCAGGAUAUGCCGGUCUCGCCCGUGGCGCCUGGGGAUAUGCAGACGGGCGGCCACCACCAUGGCAGUGCUGUGAAGCCGCCGCCCAGCGUGUUUGAGGAGCCUGACUCGAGCUCGCUGCUGGAUAGCUUUGGGUUCUAG